AAAACCUUUUUGUUUGUUUCUUCCACACCCUCUCUCGGUACUUAUUUGAGUUAUAAUCCCCUCUCUUUGGCCCACCCACAAACAAACCUUUUCUUCUCAGUUCUCCCCCAUUCCCAUUCACUCUCUAUAAAUACACCCUACACCAUUUCCAUUAAAUUACAACAACUUUUCCCAACCUCACAUCUCUCUUUUUUUCUUGUCUUAUACUUAAAAAGAAUGAAUGAAUACUGGACCUCGUUGGCGUCACUUCUUGGUGUGUUUGCCUUCUGCCAAACCAUCCUCCAAGCAGUGUUCCCACCGGAGCUCCGCUUCGCUUCCGUGAAGCUCUUCUACCGUAUCUUCCACUGCUUCUCCUCCUACUGCUACUUCGACAUCACGGAGAUCGACGGCGUCAACACCAACGAGCUCUACAACGCCGUCCAGCUCUACCUGAGCUCCUCCGUCUCCAUCACCGGUAACCGCCUCAGCCUCACACGCGCCGUCAACUCCUCGGGCUUCACCUUCGGGCUGGCCAACAAUGACAGCAUCGUCGACACCUUCAAUGGCGUGAACGUGCUGUGGGAGCACGUGGUGACGCAGCGGCAGGCCCAGACCUUCUCGUGGCGCCCACUCCCCGACGAGAAGCGUGGCUUCACGCUCCGGAUCAAGAAGAAGGACAAGUCCUUCAUCCUAAACUCCUACCUGGAUUACAUUAUGGAGAGAGCCAGCGACAUUCGGAGGAACAAUCAGGAUCGGCUCCUCUACACGAAUUCCAGGGGUGGCUCCCUGGACUCCCGGGGCCACCCUUGGGAAUCUGUGCCCUUCAAGCACCCCAGCACCUUUGACACAUUGGCUAUGGACCCUCACAAGAAGAAAGAGAUCAUGGAGGAUCUUCUGGACUUCGCCAAUGGACAAUCUUUUUACCAUAAAACCGGUAGGGCUUGGAAGAGAGGCUACCUUCUAUAUGGCCCUCCAGGUACUGGCAAGUCAAGCAUGAUCGCCGCCAUGGCCAAUUUUCUCGGUUAUGAUAUUUACGAUCUUGAGCUCACUGAGGUGCAUAACAACUCUGAACUCAGGAAGCUUCUCAUGAAAACCAGCUCCAAGUCGAUAAUAGUCAUUGAAGAUAUUGAUUGCUCCAUCAACCUCACCGGUAGAAAGAACAAUAACGGUUCUGUUUCUGUUUCUGCUUCGAGGAGUUACUAUGAUUCCGAGAUACGAGCAGGUGGUGGUUGUGGUGAGGAGGGUGGGAAUAAUAUUACUCUGUCUGGGUUGCUGAAUUUUACUGAUGGCUUGUGGUCUUGUUGUGGAAGUGAGAGGAUUUUUGUGUUUACCACCAACCACAUUGAGAAGCUUGACCCGGCUCUGCUGCGGAGUGGGAGAAUGGAUAUGCAUAUUUUCAUGAGUUACUGUUCGUUCCCGGCGCUGAAGAUUCUGCUGAAGAAUUACUUGGGGUGUGAAGCGUGUGAGCUUGAGGAGUCGAUUUUGAAGCAGCUGGAGGAGGUUGUCGACGUGGCGCGGAUGACUCCGGCCGAUAUCAGCGAGGUCUUGAUCAAGAACAGGCGCAAGAAGGAGAAGGCGGUGGAGGAGUUGUUGGAGACGUUGAAGCUGAGAGCGGAGAUGAAUGAGAAGAGUGGUGUUUUGAGGGGGAAAAAUGUGGUUGAAGAGGAGGAAGAAGAGGAAGAGCAAGAGAAGAGGGCUUUGGACAGUGAGAGUCCUAAGCAGGAGUCAGAGAUUGAGGACAAUUGCAAGGAGGAGGAGGAGGAGGAAGAAGAGAAGAUCAAGUGAUAUAUAGUGAUGUGAUAAUAAUGUUGUUUGUUCCCCCGUCCAAUGGAGAGAAUGGAUCCUAUCCAAGUGUAGUACUCGAUCAUCAUCAACAAUUUUUUUUACGGGGGAUAUCAGAUAUGACUUGUGAGAUACAGGGGAAGAGGCUAGGGGGGCUUCCAAUUUUAAAAACAUGUCACAUACUUGUGUCUCUUUUAGUUUUGAAUAAUGGACUCCUUUAUUGUUAGAUAUGUAGGGAAAGUUUAUUUGCAUCGUGAUUAUGUAGUUUAAGAUUUGUUCCCUUUAGUACAUUUUGUUUUGGCUCCGGGUAGGACUUUACACCCUGACAUGCUUUGGGAGCCAGCUGGGAUGUUGGUGAACACUUGGGUGCACAUGGCAUGGGAAAGGUUGGUGUCUUGAUGGGACGUGUAGGGGAAUAUUGGUAAUAAGUAGGGUAGGACUAUUACCUAAUGCCAAUUUGAAUCAUACAACGAAGAUGAGGGCUGUUUGGGUUGUGCCUUCAGAUUAUCCUUGUUCUAAGCGAUUUGUGACGCUGCCUAUUUUUAAAUUCUAAGUUAUAUAAACUUGUUUUUGAA